AUGGCGGCCGCUCGCAGCGACAUGGCGGAGCCGGAGGGGCUGCUUCCCGGUGAGGCGGCGGCCGCUGCGGCCGAGGAGGAGGAGGCUGGGGCUGGAUCCUCGUCGUCGCCUUCGUCCUCGGCGGCGGCGGCCGCGGCGGAGACGGAGUCGCUGCUGCUGCUGAACGGCGAGGCGGAGAGCAUGUCGGAGCCGAGCCCGGAGAGCGCCAGCCAGGCCGGGGACGGGGAGGACGAGGACGAGGAGGAGGAGGAAGAGGAGGAGGAGGAGGAGGGCGGCGAGGAGGAGGAGAGCAGCCUGGUGGGGAGCAGCAGCACGAGCAGUGGCUGCUGCAGCGACGAGACCCGCUCGCUCAGCCCCGGCGGCAGCAGCGAGGCCGACGCCAAGGAGGAGCCCAAGGGCCCCCGGGGCAGCCAGGAGGACGGGCUGGGCCGCGGCGGCGGCGGCGGAGGCGGGGGGAGCAGCUCUAGCAGCGUGUCCAGCGGUGGCGACGAGGGCUACGGCACCGGCGGCGGCGGCGGCAGCAGCAGCGGCAGCAGCAGCUGCAGCGCCACGUCGGGGGGCCGGCGGGGCAGCCUGGAGAUGUCCUCGGACGGGGAGCCCCUCAGCCGCAUGGACUCGGAGGACAGCAUAAGCAGCACUAUUAUGGAUGUAGACAGCACAAUUUCCAGUGGGCGUUCAACUCCGGUUAUGAUGAAUGGACAAGGAGUUCCUGCCUCCUCUGCAAAAAGCAUUGCUUAUAACUGUUGUUGGGACCAUUGUCAUGCUUGCUUCAGCUCCAGCCCAGAUUUGGCAGAUCACAUUCGCUCCAUACAUGUGGAUGGUCAACGAGGAGGGGUGUUUGUUUGCUUGUGGAAAGGUUGCAAAGUAUAUAAUACACCUUCAACAAGUCAAAGCUGGUUGCAGAGGCAUAUGCUGACACACAGUGGGGACAAACCUUUCAAGUGCGUAGUUGGUGGGUGCAAUGCCAGCUUUGCAUCUCAGGGAGGACUUGCCCGUCAUGUACCCACACACUUCAGCCAGCAGAACUCUUCAAAAGUUGCCAGUCAGCCAAAGGCCAAAGAGGAAUCUCCAUCUAAAGCCGGAAUGAAUAAAAGAAGAAAGUUAAAGAACAAAAGACGGCGAUCAUUACCAAGACCUCAUGACUUCUUUGAUGCGCAAACACUGGAUGCUAUAAGACAUCGAGCCAUCUGCUUUAACCUCUCAGCACAUAUAGAAAGUUUAGGAAAAGGCCACAGUGUUGUAUUUCAUAGUACUGUAAUAGCUAAAAGAAAAGAAGAUUCUGGAAAAAUAAAACUCUUGCUUCAUUGGACACCAGAGGACAUUCUGCCUGAUGUGUGGGUAAAUGAAAGUGAGCGACAUCAGUUAAAAACUAAAGUAGUUCAUUUAUCAAAACUACCAAAAGAUACUGCCUUGCUUCUGGACCCAAACAUAUACAGAAAUUCUAGUAAAGGAGGUACAUACAGUGGAAUCCUGAAAGAUCACUUCUGUUAAGAUCACAUACUGAACAAUGCCCCAGAAGAGGUUGAA